CGCACCGGGAGAAUAAUAUACACUUACACAGCGCGUACCGCAGGAGUUCCCGUCCUGGUGAGGAUCUCGUUAAAUUAGGGGAUUAUAGAGGAAUAGUCUGCAGUGAUAUUUGCACUAAUCCUCCGUAUUCGACUCAUUCUUGAAAAACGUUAGAGGCGUUCAGACUUUUGAAUACUGAGAAAGCUUCCCUGAAACGAACUCAUCCAAACACUUCGACAUGGCAGAGACAGCAGCCGCACCGGCACAGAAACCCAAAAAGACGAAAGCCCCCAAGAAGGCUGCGUCGCACCCCAAAUACUCCGAGAUGAUCAAAGCUGCGAUCCUGGCUGACAAGAGUCGUGGAGGAGCGUCCCGGCAGUCCAUUGCCAAGUAUAUCAAGAACCACUACAAAGUGGGCGACAACGCGGACUCUCAGAUCAAACUGGCCCUGAAAAGGCUGGUGGGUACUGGACUUCUUCGACAGACCAAGGGCAUUGGUGCCUCCGGCUCCUUCAAACUGGCCAAAGCAGAGGACUCUAAGAAACCAGCCAAGCCCAAAGUGGUCGUAAAAGCCAAGAAGCCUGUCAAAGCCGCGGUCAAGCCCAAGAAAGCUCCCAAGCCCAAGAAGGUGGUCAAGUCCCCUGCCAAGGCGAAAAAGAGUAAACCGGCUGAGAAGAAAGUGAAGAAAGCUGAGAAGAAGAAAGCGCCCGUUAAACCCAAAAAAGUGGCGAAGAAGGCGAAGGUGGUCAAACCUGCCAAGGCGAGUAAGCCCAAAAAAGUGAAAACGGCGAAACCCAAAGCGAAGACAGCAGCAAAGAAAACAGCAAAGAAGAAGUGAACUCAAAUGACAGAUGAGACACUGACGGACAUUUGACAAACAGUGUAAAUAGACUUUUUGAGGAGGUUUUGGUAUCUGUAAUUAUUUUUGUAUGGUCUUGUGCGGACUUAAAACCCGACCUUUUUACCUUUCUUCUCCGCCACUUUUGCACUAUAUUGUGAUAAUUAGAUCCAGAAUAAUAAAAAAAUCGAGGACUUUUAAUUGGAAUACGUUCAUGGCAACACAGCAGCCCUAACUAUUUAUUUUGUCUUAUCCUCUUUGUGUAUCACUUGUAGCGCUAAUCGACCUGUCACUUGAAACAGUAAUCGACUAAACAGCAGUCUUUGUUAAGUAUGUGCUGUUAUACCACAGUCGAAAAGUGAAUCAUUGGACGAGGAUGUUUAAAAACGGCGGGUGUAUUACUUUACUCUGUAAGAGUGAAAAUGUUUAAGUACGCUUAGUGAAACCUGACUUGAGACUUUUCUCUGGAAGGGCAGCGGACUGUUGUAUAUUUUCAAGUUUUACCAUCAUGUUCAUCUGUUAUCAUGUCCAGUAAUUAUACACAUAAUAACUCCUUUAUACUGUACAAUAUUAAAAUAUAAACUUUUCUCGUCUUCUA